AUGGGGCCCAUUAAGGGCUAUUUGACUAUUUUGAGCCCACUUCAGAAGGAAGUUUCGGUACAGCACGGCCAGGUUUAUGCCCUCGUUGUCCUUAAGUCGGUGGAGAACGUGAAGUUCACUAACAUCCAAGUUUUGAGUGAGAAGGUGCGUAUAGUGAUCGACAAGUACUACACUGAAAACACGGAGAGCAAAAUCGAGCGAGGGGCAUCGGGCGUGGCCAUAUCCCGAGUCACGUACGAUUGGUUCAAAGAGACGUACACAAAAAGUGUCAUGCAGAGGCCCGUGCCCCUACGGACCCCUGCCUCCGUCCGCCCCUGA